CUCAUGGUACACUGUACACCAUUUACACAGACUGUUACAUUCAUGUGUGUUAACCAAUGCCCGUAGCACGUGACACGCCUCCUAUGCGCCGUGAGCAGAAGCAACUUGGACUCCACUGCAGACUCACAGAUCUUCGCCGGUAGCGGAUGAAGCAACUUCCAGCGAAUCAUUUGUUGCGGGUUCACUUUUGUUCGGGUUGCAGACAGACCCUGCGAAGCAGUUCUUGGGUCGUUGGAUUAGAGUUAAGAGGAGAGGAAAGUGCCAUUUUCUGCUUUUAAAACACAGAACGCGCUCUAGACAGGGUGGUCUUCUCUUCCUAUGAAACGACCACUGUGGCAGGUUUCUCCAAGAGCCUCAGUGUCAAACACAGAAGCUGUGGACGAUAAAUAGGAUGUCCUUGGACAACGUGAAUCCUCUACCUGACUUCUAAACUUGUUGCAUUUGCUCUAAAACACCUCCGGGUGCGCGUUUCGGUUACUUGUUUGUGCGUAACAGCGGAACAGCUAUUCAAAGUGGACUAUAACUGAUGAGCUGUGUGUAAAAACCUGCACUUUUACAUAAAUAUCCAUUUAUGAGGAGAUGUCCUUUCUGCUUGUGGCGGAUUUGUGAAAGCAAAACCUGCUUCAGUUGCACCGGGUCGCGCACACUGGGUCAGCAUGGCAGCCGGAGUCGCCGCUUGGCUACCGUUCGCGCGCGCCGCGGCCAUAGGAUGGAUGCCCGUGGCGAGCGCCCCGAUGCCGCCGCCUCCACGGGAAAAGAGGCGAGGUCAGGACGGUCUGAUCAUCUUGAACGUCAGCGGCACAAGGUUUCAAACUUGGCGGAAUACUUUGGAGAGGUACCCCGACACCUUACUGGGAAGCACAGAGCGCGACUUCUUCUUCCACGAGGAGACCAACGAGUACUUUUUCGACCGCGACCCGGACAUUUUCAGGCACAUCCUCAACUUCUACCGAACUGGGAAGCUGCACUACCCUCGCCACGAGUGCAUCUCCGCCUAUGACGAGGAGCUGGCCUUCUUCGGCAUCAUUCCUGAGAUAAUAGGGGACUGCUGUUAUGAGGAGUACAAAGAUCGCAGGAGGGAGAACACGGAGAGAAUUCAAGACGAUGAGGAGAACGAAAACAACAAAGAUUUGGUGCUGCCGGAACUGUCGUUCCGCGAGUCCAUGUGGCGCGCGUUUGAGAAUCCGCACACGAGCACCAUGGCGCUGGUGUUUUAUUACGUCACGGGCUUUUUCAUCGCCGUCUCUGUUAUGGCCAACGUGGUGGAGACUGUCCCGUGCAGCAGCGGGCCAAACCGGGCGAAGGAGGUCUCGUGCGGUGAGCGCUACGCCCUCGCGUUCUUCUGCUUGGAUACGGCCUGCGUCAUGAUCUUCACCGUCGAGUACCUGCUGCGUCUGAUCGCUGCGCCCAGCAGGUACAAGUUUGUCAAAAGUGUCAUGAGCAUUAUUGACGUGGUGGCCAUCAUGCCUUACUACAUAGGCUUGGUCAUGACAGACAACGAGGACGUGAGCGGGGCCUUCGUCACCCUCAGGGUCUUCAGGGUCUUUCGGAUUUUCAAAUUUUCGCGGCACUCCGCGGGACUGCGCAUCCUGGGGUACACGCUCAAGAGCUGUGCGUCCGAGCUGGGCUUCCUGCUCUUCUCGCUCACCAUGGCCAUCAUCAUCUUCGCCACCGUUAUGUUCUACGCGGAGAAGAGCUCAUCCGCCAGCAAGUUCACCAGCAUACCGGCGGCUUUCUGGUAUACCAUAGUUACCAUGACAACGCUGGGAUAUGGAGACAUGGUUCCUAAGACCAUUAUGGGAAAGAUCUUCGGCUCUGUUUGUUCUUUGAGUGGUGUGUUGGUGAUCGCUCUUCCCGUUCCAGUCAUUGUGUCCAAUUUCAGUCGGAUCUACCAUCAGAGUCAGCGAGCAGAGAAGCGUCGUGCCCAAAAGAAAACCAGGCUUGCUAGAAUUCGUGCGACGAAGAGCGGUGGCGCUAAUGCUUAUUUGCAGUACAAACGCAAUGGAAUGCUGGCAGACGCGGAGGAGGAGGCAUCAAAAGAGGCUGGCAAAUCUUUGGUAUGUAAGAUCAACCCCACUUUUGAGACCCAGCAUCACCAUCUUCUGCACUGCUUGGAGAAAACCACGAAUCAUGAGUUUGUGGAUGAGCAAACUUAUGAGACAAACUGUAUGGAGGUUUCCCUAACGAAGCCGUCCAUGUCCCGUUCCUCAUCGCUGUCCUCCUCUCCACAUGGCCUGUCCUCCUGCUGCACGCGCAGAAACAAGCGCAAGAGCUUCAAUGUCUCCAAUUCCAACAUGGUCGGCGGCCGCAGGGGCAGCAUACAGGAGCUCAGCACCAUCCAGAUCAGAGAGAGACCAAUGAGCAACAGCCGCUCCAGUCUCAAUGCCAAGUUCGAAGAAACUUUACCCCUGAAUUCAGAAGAGCAGUCCUACAUCACUGCCGCUGUCAUCAGCAUGCCCACCCCACCCGUGACCACACCCGAGGGCGGAGACUCAGCCAGCUCGCCUGACUUCUUGCAAAGCAACAUUGUCAGGGUGUCUGCCUUAUAGACCGUCUGCCGUGACCAUUAGCCAUUUUAUUUAGCAAGUGGACGCUGGAGCAGCAAGGAUCGACGGAGCCCCCUAGUGUAGUGGAGGAGGCACUGAAGCUGGAUGGGCCAUAGCUGGACCUUUUUAUUUAUUUAUUUUUUAAAUCAGCUCCUGCCCAGAGCUCUCCGUCUCUGUGAGCUCAAUCAGCUCUAACUCUAGGCCCAUACAUCAUGUGAUUCAUGCUGGGGUCCAAUAAGCUUUCACUCAACCCAUAGAGGAAAACAGUGAACAUUGUGUUUGUUACAGCUUCUAUAAUUUUUCCGUAUUGUGAGUCUUUAAAUCUGUUGUCUUCAGUUUGAUGGGAUCGGCAGAUAUUUGGGACGAAUAAGGAGUGUACCAGCAGGGGCAGGAUUUUACAAGCUUUUACACAGCUGUAAGCACUUUUGAUACUAUAAAGUAAAGCUGGGCUCUACUAGGGUAUGCUGUCGGAUGCUUUUGUGUGUGUGUGUGUGUGUGUGUUUGAGACCAAUCUCUUGCAUGUUUCACGUAAGUCUUUGUCUUUUUUUCAAUUCGGCAUGAGCAAUAAGGAUUGGCUCUUUUUGUCAGAAUGUGUGCUUUUUACUUUUGCCUAGUUAUAUAGUAUUGAUCUUUCCAAUCCAAUGAGUGUGUAAAAACAGCUGUUUUGAGAGAUUAGUCUGUUGAUACAGGUGAUAAACAAAGAAAAUCUUGUAUCACACUCUCUCUGUCCCACCCAUGUUGUGUUCAUUCCUUCCCGGGCCUAAUGAGAUGUUAUUCUUCUUCUUCUUUUUUUUUUCUUUUUUUUUUUUUUUUUUUUUUUGUGGCAAAAAGCAAAUGGAAAAGGAAACGCCUGUUGUGUUUCAAUAUAUGUGACUUUCUCAAACUGACAGUGGAGGCUUGUGGACUUGAGCUCUAAUACUAGGCAUUCCGUUUUAUACUCCAAAGUUUGCGAGUUAACUGUGAAAAGAAAAAUAACGUGCUUAUUUAUUAUAUUCGUUAAAAUUAUUGUGCAUGUUGUCGAACAUAUGGUGAAACCGGCCAACUUGGACCAGCGCAUAGAGCCCACCCAGGACUUUUAUUCUUCCCUCCCUUUAAAGAUGUACUUUUAUCAGCACACAUUCUUAGGUCUGUCUAUUAUUUCUGGAUAAUGGCAUCAAGCUGUGUGUGAUGACACGUUGAGAAUCAUCCAAUCAGGUUCUUUGUACUGUAUGGAGAUUAUUAUAUCAUUGUGAUCAGCCAAACACGCUUAGUGUUGAACUUAAAAACGCAAAAAUCUCACAAAGUCACAUUCAGGUUUGUUUCACUCCAAAAUCAAAAGAGAAUAAAUUAUAUUUUGCUUAAAAUUGUUUUAAAAGUCAUAUUAAUCAACAUUUGAAUGAUAAUUAAGCACACUCCAUGCAAAAUCUCAUUACCGUACGUUUUAGUUCUUUGUAUUUCUCAUUUUCAAUGGUGAUUUUCAUUACUGUAAUACAGUAUUAUAAAAAAGCAAAUGUAUAAUGCUUCAUAAUGAUUGUAAAAAUACUUCAGAAAUGUAAAUCAUUCCAUUACAGUAAUGAAAAUUGUAUUUUGGCA